AUGGACAUACAUUCAAGUAAUUAUCGAUUCAGAGAGAAUUUGCAACACAAAUAUGCUAGAUUAGCUGUUAGGCGAAGGUUACUAUUCAAACGCACUACAAACCAUGAAGAUCCUAUUUUCAAGCAACGUCGUUACUUAUUGGAGAAAGAAGCACGAUCCUUGCGACUAUUAAUGAUGCAAUUACGUCGAUCAACACAUCAAUAUCACGAUGUGACACGUGAAGUGAAGCAAUUUCCUAAUGAGAUCAAUAUGAAUGAAAGCUCACCUAAUGAUUGGAUGCAAUUACGUCGAUCUACACAUCAAUAUCACGAUGAUUCUAUUAAAUUUUUAAAAACUUUCAUUCCAAAAAGCUCACCUAAUGAGGGGAUAGACAAUGAUGCUAGACCUGAUGAGCAAAUUUUCGGAAGGAGAGAAGUGACUCAUCAAUGUCGUCGUACCGAUGGGUUUGAUAGACGUUGGGAGUUUGGACCUAGAACGGUUGUGUGUCCUGAUUGCAAGGCCCUUAUGUGGAUAGAAGAAAGGGUAAAGAGUAGCAAUAAAACACACCCAAGGUUCAAUCACUGUUGUCAAAGUGGGCAAGUUAUAUUGCCGCUUUUACCUUUGACACCGCCAUUUUUAAUGUCACUUUUGCCACAUCAGCAAUUCCGAAACAAUAUUAGAGCUUUCAACUCUAUGUUAGCUUUCACCUCUAUGGGCGGUCGGAUUGAUAACACUGUUAAUGAUGGUAGAGGCCCCUAUGUCUAUCGUAUAAGUGGUAGUAAUUACCAUCGAAUUGGAACUUUACUCCCUGAGCCGGGAACAGGUCCAAAGUUUGCACAAUUGUACAUCUAUGAUACUGACAAUGAAACAUCCAACCGACUACAUCACAUGGGGGGCGCGGAAGCUUCUUCCAUAGAUCCAGGAAUUUUACAAGGACUAAAAAUGAUGCUUGAUGAUAUAAAUCCUUAUGUCACAGUAUUCAGAAAUGUUGGCAAUAUGUUGCGCGAUCAAGGUGAGCAUCAAGAUUUGAGAAUUAAGCUUAUUUGCGCAAGAGAAGGCAGACAAUAUAUCCAACCAACCACAAGUGAAGUGGCUGCAUUGAUGGUAGGUGAUGGAACUAAAGACAUAGGAAAUCGAGAUAUCAUAUUGCAAAAAAUAGAUGGUGGGUUACAAAGGAUUGAUGAAACUCAUCCAAGUUAUAUGCCUUUACAAUACCCACUACUGUUUCCAUACGGUACAAGUCGAAGUACAGUGACAAUACGACAAUUCUACGCAUUUAGGAUACAUGAUAGGGAAGAAGAGGGUGACACCUUGAUAGAUUCCGGGCGCUUAUUGCAAUAA